CUAUUCUUUAAAUAAGUAUAAAUACCAGUGAUUUGCAUGUUACAUUUCCUGAAUAUGAAGAGAUUAACAUGAAUGCAAAUCUAAGAUAAUAUUCUGACUAUGACGUCCUUAACUUCCUCUCUAAUGUACUGUUGUGUGCUUAAAGUGUACGUGUCUUUUUGCUUUGUUGUGCAUACUGAGGUACGAAUCAGAAUGAUUGUCUCUGGCAUUGCACAGAUGCUGCCAAUUAGAUCGGAAGGUUAAUAUUUAAUUUAAUGGGGAACUGUGUGUGUAAAAUAUCAUUAAGGUCAACUUUUAAUCUGUGGACUUCUCUUCCAGCUAAACUGAAAUAGCUACCAGGAGAGGAACAGGUUACCAGAAGUUAGAUGGAGCUUACUUAUUAACACUAUCUUACUAGACAUUGUUUUACGGUUUUUCAUAUCCAGUAAGUUUUUAGUUGCAGUUUUAUGUGAUAUGAAGUUUAGCUUGUAAAAGGCUGGUUAUAGUAUUUGUUCUACAGUGAAAAUGUUCAUAGAAUCCUUUUAUAUAACAGUUUGACCAAGAGAAGUUGGUACAUCUUUAAAUGUCAUCAAACAUAACCUUUAAGUAUAUUGGAACCAAAUGCAGGCACAUCAGUAUAAGCAAUACAACUGUGAAUUUCGUGUACAACGGUGUCAGAUAUUUUACAGUAAUCUAGCAGGAUAGGAGGGAGUACGCUAUGGUGUGCUAGUUAAAUAUAAGAAUAUGAAGAGAAUAUGUAGUUUGUUCACUUUCUCCCCAAUUUAUACAAUCAACAACAACAACAAAAAAAAUGCCCAAAUGCCCAAAUAAGCACGCAUUUGAAUGACGUCGUAGAGGAACGUUUGUUUCACACUUCCUGUUCCAUUUCGAAGCUGUAAAAGUGUCAUUACCGCUAUUCAUGCGCGAGCAGAUGCUCCAUUCCGUCAGAAGAACGGCUCUCUUGAGUUUUUGGAGCAGAAUGUCUGGCCUGUACCACACUAUCAGUCAGAUCACUGAUGAGCUCAGCACAGAUGAAUGCAAGCGGAUCUCUUACCUGUGCGGCGCUCUUGAUAUGGACAAGUUCUCUACAGAUCCCAGAGGCAUGUUACAAUCUGUACUGUGCCAAACGAGGAUGGAUUACGUGUUUCUCAUGGAGCUCAUUCUGAAAAUAAAACGCUAUGAUCUGCUGCGACAAGUGCUGAGCACCAACAAGAGCACGGUUGAGGGACUGCUAAAAAAUGGCCAUUCUGUGUCAGAAUACAGAGUACUGAUGGCUGACGUUAGUGAGGACAUGGACACAGAAGACCUGAAGUCAUUGAAAUUCUUACUGAGAGGAACUUUACCAAAACAUAAACUGGAAAAUGCCCAGAGUUUUUUAGACAUUGCAGUAGAGUUGGAGAAACUGGACCAGCUCUCCAGUGAGAAGAUGGAUUUGAUCGAACAGUGCCUGAGGUCCAUCCAUAGGGCUGAUCUAGCUAAAAAGAUCAGUCACUACCAGCAGACAGUGCUAAUGACCAAACAAGGAUCUUCGCCUCCAGACAGACGUCAGUUCUGCAGAAUGCCAUUGCCAAAAAGCUCAUUUGGUGUCUCAACAGCUUCUUGUAAUGUGAGGCCGAUUUCCAAAUUCUGUGAUAAACCGACAGCACUGAAGAAGGAACUACUUGGCUCUAGCUCCUAUUGUCAGCAGCAGGAGGAAGUGUACAGCAUGCUGAGUGAUCCCAGAGGAGUGUGUUUAAUCAUAGACUGUGUCGGCACUGAAGGAGAUGAGCUGGAGCAAAUAUUUAAGGCCUUACACUUUCAUGUGAUCACGCACAAGCUGCUGAGUGUGAGAGACGUGCAGUCCACUCUGAGGGAAGUGGCUCAUCAGCAGGGUCACUAUAGAGCGUCUGCUUUUGUCUGCUGCAUUAUCAGCCGAAGCCGCUCAUCAGAUCUGCUGGCCACUGACUCUCACGGUCCAGGACUGAGCCUGGACACUGUCAGGCGCCUCUUCACCUCAGACUCCUGCCCGGGCCUGGCAGGCAAGCCUAAACUCUUCUUUAUCCAGAGCUAUGAUGUGUCCGAGCCUCAGAAGUGUGCUGGGUGUAUGGGGUGUGAAGAUGAGGAGGGUGGAGAGCUGGAGACAGAUGCGCCUGUGCUCUUAUGCCGCGCGAGGACGGUCCCAGUGGACGCGGACAUCUUCUGGAGUCACUGCUGGACUAAAGGACAACAGCUGGAGGUGCCAAACCAUCAGUCUGUGUAUCUGAAAGCCUUGAGAUCCUCCUUAACGGAGGGACAGAAAAGGAGGACUCAUUUGGUAGACUUGCACAUGGCGGUGAAUCGUGCAGUAUAUGAGCACAAUCACAGAUCUCCACAAUCAUCUUACUUUUUAAAUCUGAGGCACACUCUCAGGAAGAAAGUCUACUUGUCAUGAUUCUGGCAUGAUUCCUCACGUUUUAGUGAAGGUAGAUGAUUAUGCAAGAACAUUUGAUGUUUGAGUAAGGAUGAUCAUCACAAUGAUGUCGACAUGAAUUGUAUCAAUUAUGAUUUGCAGUGUUUCAGUAAUAAAUCUCAGGUUUUGUAAUUGUAGUUUCAUAUAUUGUCCACAUGUUGGCAGUGUUGUCCAGUGUUGGCAAUGAACUUCACCACUGUUUGUGUUAAACUUUUUUUUUUUUUUUACAUUUUCAUUUCUUUGAAAAAAAAAUCUGAUUGUCCUUUAAACCAAUAAUUUACAUCAUUUAAUUGAAUUGAAUUUUUUUUUUUAAUUGUUAAAAGAAAGUUUGAAUGAAAUUCCCAAACAAUAUUAAACUAUUUGAAUACUGAUAGCUUCUCAGAUAGCCUACAGACUGUGUCUACAGUCACAGGAAACUGUAUCACACAUUAUCCAAAUUCCAUUAUAGUCUUUUUAUAUAUAUAUUUUUUUUAAAUACAAAUAUUUAUAUUUUAUAUGUAUAUUUAUUGUCAUACUGUGUGCUUAUGUUUGUCAUUCCACGAGUGCCAUUUGUAUCCCUCCUGAACAUGUGUAACAAUGAAUAACUGACACCAACUUUAAAGUGUUAUGUUAGACAUGUUGUCUUAACAACAAAAAUCCAGUAACUAUAUUUUACUUUUUAACUUUUUAAUGUCUGUCUGUGUUUCCAACUUCUUGUUAUAUUAGCAAAUAUGUGCAUUUUAAUAGAAAUAAAAAAAGAAGUCAACCCUGUUACCAUCAUAACUGACGUUAGUUCUGUUAAUAAUAAUUAAGAAAACAAAUCUGUAAUGACGUUAAGAUGCAAACUCCUUAAAGACAAGUAUCUCUUCUUAUGUUGUAAAUUUGCCAGUAAGGAAUGAUCUUUGACUUUCAACCCUGUUACCAUGAUUUUGCCAGCAGCUGAUUACUGAAAAGUGGAUAUUGUAGAAUUAGCAGCAUGUUAUUUCUAAUAAAACCCAUGUGUUAUGACC